AUGCCUCCGGCAGAAACCACACCGCUGCUCCCGGCCGCCUCGGUUCAUAGUAGUCACCUCGAGCACAGCAACAAAUUUGAUAUCCUCGGUUCCAGUCGGCAUCUUAUCUUGGGCUCCUACAUCAACGUACUUCUCGUAUUCGUACCCCUCAGUAUCAUUGCCGACAAACUCGAAUGGCCAGCUACUUGGCGGUUCGCUCUCUCCUUCUUGGCUAUCGUCCCGCUGGCCAAGCUCUUGGGUGAUAGCACCGAACAGUUGUCCAUCAAGGUAGGGCAGACUCUUGGCGGAUUACUGAAUGCCACCUUUGGGAAUGCAGUCGAGCUCAUCGUAGCUAUCGUCGCUUUGAUGCAAAAUCAACUGCGGCUGGUUCAGACUUCGUUAUUGGGAAGUGUCAUAUCCAAUUUGUUACUCGUCCUUGGCAUGUCCUUCUUCGCAUCCGGUUUCUUCUUUUUCGAAUCGACUUUCCAGGCCACGGCCGCCCAGUCAAGUUCAUCGCUACUCACUCUGGCCUGUAUAACUUUGAUUCUUCCAGCAGCAUAUCACGCCUCUGAAAUGGACAUUGAUGCAGCCAAAUCUCUCCUUGAAGAUGGCGCUCCCGAUCCAGCCGACUCAUCGCUCCACGGUCUCCUCAUUUUGUCUCGUGGAACCUCUAUCAUCCUCUUCUUGACAUACCUUGGCUAUCUCUAUUUCCAGCUGCGCUCUCACUCUACUCUUUUCGAGGCCGAGGCGGCGGAAGAAGAGGAGGUCGCUUCCAUGGAUGUAUGGUCCGCCAGUAUCUGGCUGGUUGCCAUUACCGUCAUCACGGCUUUCUGUGCGGAUAUCCUGGUUGGAAGUAUUGACGAGACCGCCCAAAAAUGGCAUCUGCCGAAGAGAUUCAUUGGUCUAAUCCUUCUGCCACUGGUCGGGAACGCCGCCGAACACGUCACCUCGGUGUGGAUGGCCUGCAAGGGCAAAAUGGAACUGACUCUCGGUGUGGCUUUAGGUAGCUCUCUGCAAAUCGCAGCUGGGAUGAUUCCACUCCUCGUCCUCAUCGCUUGGCCUCUUCACAAAGAUCUGACCUUAUUCUUUGCCAAUUUCGAAACGAUAGUGUUGUUUGUAUCGGUCAUCCUGGUAAACUAUCUGCUCCAAGACGGACGAACGAAUUAUAUGGAAGGGAUAUACCUCAUGGCUCUCUAUCUCGUCAUCGCUCUGUCUUACAUAGUGUCGUGA